CAAAAUGGCGGACAAGCGUUAGUCUUCACUCAAUACUUAUUUUGUUUUUUUUUCGUCAACAUGAGGAGUUUCAGAGCUUUGCAACGAAAUAACAGACACAUUUAUUGGAUUCUGACGGCCCAAAGGCCUCGAUAUCAUGAUCUUUCACGUGCGGCUGUCAUUGGAACACCGGCUCAAAAUUCUUCUGAGUUUCAGGUUCGAAUUUAUACACUUGUUCAUGUAAAAUUUAUGUUUUAUGACUCUUCUACGUAGCUUCUGAGAAAUUUUUUAUCCAAAGCGUUAACAAAACUAGAGUUUGGUAGAAUUUUAAAUUUGCGGACAGAAAAUUGAAGCUCCGAUCAAAUUAGUAUCUGAGAAUCUUUUAUACAUCAUAAAAGUAUUACUGUAGUUUAUUUGAUUGGGUAGUUUCACUGUACACAAUAUUCGAUUAUUCCAUAUUUAUUAUUGCCAGUUUCGUUAAAUUGUUUAAUCACGCAUAUCAGAUAAGUUAACAAAAUUUAACAUUCUAUUGUGCAUGUGCUGAUUCUUUUUGUUUAGUCACUCCCAUUGACACACCCCCAAAUACACCCAUGCACCUCUCAGCUGUGAUGUGGUGUGGUCAUAUCACUUUAGGGAAAUCAAGAACUAGGUCCAUUCACAAUUUCCAUAUAUGUAAAAAAGAUACUCCUCUUGCUACAAUCUUUGUUUGUCAGGGAACAUAAAUAUCUUCUGAUAGUUCUACAUUGUUCAACAGGAAAACAAAUUUGAGAGUAAAUGCAGAGAUGAGAACUCAUAUUUUAUCAAACCAAUUGGCAAAAAGAUCAUUCUCACCACCUUUUUUCUUUCUUUCUUUCUUUUAUAAGUGCUUCUAUUUCCAGUGGGACAGCCUGUUGACUGCUUAAUCAUAAUGUAUAGAACUCAGCUAUUUAUAUAAAGUUCUGACUGUUCUGAGCUCUUUUAAGUUUAUCUUAGCUUUAAUAGCAUUUUGUGAGCAGACAUACAUAGAGCUCAAAUGUGACCCUUCACGCGACUUGGGGGCUUAUCUAAAUUUCACGCUAUGCCUAUUUUCACGAUCCAGGCCGUGAAAGUAAGAAAAAUUUUUGGAAUGUGAGUGAAAUUUCUCUUUCACGCCGUGAACACGCCGUGAAAAAUUCACGGCUACCGUGAAAAUUUCACGCAGUGAAAAAGUUUAUAAUGGCCGUGAAAAUAUUUUAUGCCGUGAAAAAUUUCAGUCACGUGAAAUUUAAUUUCAUGCCGUGAAAAUCUUCCAACAUGAAAAUUAAUGUAAACAUUGUUUUCAAAAGUGUAUUGUUUAGAUGUCAUGCAAGCCUUUAUUUGCCCAGAUGAAUGUAACAUGCCUUGGUCAGUACUUUUUGAUUUUUGAUUUUCUGCAAAACAGAUGAAAUCGCUAAAGAAAGACACCGAAGAUCGCCGAAGAUAAUCAACAACUGCAUGAUUCCGUCUUUGUAUUCCCUAAAUUUACAACCAAAGUAUCGUUUAAAAUUUAAAAGAAUUUGGAAGCUUUUAUCUCUUCCACGAAGUUAUGCAAAUGCUAGACUCGGUGGCGACAAGAUGAAGAAAUAUGUAACGCAUGUUUUGAUAUUGCGUGAUAUCUUUUGGAUUUAUUUCAUUUUUACCCUUCUGUUCAGAUCGUUGUAACGGCGAAAUUUUGAGUAUAACAUUUAGCAAUGAGACAAGGAACUUGAAAUGGAGCAUGAUAAAUCAAGUAGAGUUUGCACGUGUGAUGGAUGAUGAUGGGGCUACAAAACUGCAGAUAAGAUCAGUCACUUCACUCAGCGUCACUGCAAUGCGCGUCGACACAGACGGCAAUUAUCCCGGUUUUAGGAAUGGCAGUAAUAGUUAGUCUUUACGCAAAGAAUUUCGUUAGGUUUCUUGAGUGAAAACCUUGCCAUGUUUGGUAAAUAACUGAUCGUCUCUGACAUCGACAUUGGGAAAAUUUGCACGUUGAGGAGAAGAAAAAAAAGAGCCAUGACAGAUAAUGUAAACAAUGCAAAUUGACAUGAAACACACGCAGUUCCGAUCGUGCAUAUCUAAUAAAAUACUUGCCAUGAACACAUAAAAAUAUCGACAAGAAAUUGUGACUAGUUUGAUUGUGAUUUGUGGCUUUACAGGCCUGAACGCGGAAUAGUCUGAAUACGCUUUUUUUUUUAUUUUUGUCAUGAGCUAUUUAAAACGGCUUGAAUAUGCUGAGAGAAAUAUUAUUUUUUGCGUGGGAUCAACUUCCACAAAUUUAGCUUGACGUGACCAGGUAUUCUCGUUUUUUUCCAGUUCGAAAAGGGGCGAGAAAAAACACAAAACAAAAAAAAAACAGGUUAGAUUUCAUUCACCCUCGACAUGUUUAAUUUCACGGCGUGAAAAUGUGUUCACUCUUAAUUUCACGGCGUGGAAGUCUUCACUGAUCUUUCGCAACAUGAUCAGUUUCACGCCAAGAGUGAAAAAUUCUCGCAAGGAGUGAACGGGCGUGGAAUUUGAAAUUCACGCCGUGAAAACUCUAAUUCACGCACCGUGACCGUGAAAAAAAUUCACGGUUUUUAGUGAAAUCCAUAAGCCCCCUUUUCGCAUGAAGGGUCACAAAUUAUCCCUGUUUCAAUCAUGUUGGCCUAACAGGACAACAAAGCAAGGAUGGCUGCAGUUGUUCAAGACUUGGAGAAAACUGUCAGCAAAAUUAAACUUGGUGCGUAUCUUGAGUUUUCAUUUUGUUUUUGCUAAGAAAUUGCUGAUUUUUUUCCCCAUUGUUUCAAGUUAUGAUAAUGAAUAUUAUGUAAAAGGAAAAAGCGAAUAGAUAUGUAUGAUGGUUUUUGGUUUCUAGAUUCAUAAUAAUAAAUAUUGAAAAUAAAUUUAGACACAUAAACAAAUUGAAGUUUUAGUUGUUGUUUUGACAAUGUAGCAUUUUUGUCUUUUCAGUGUUAGACUGAGAUCUCUCCCAUAAUUUCUCCCUUAAACUCAGUAUACCUUUUUACACCUGUUAAAAAGAUGCAUGCAAACAACAAAAUUUUUUUUCUCCCAACACAUUCUUCAAAAAUCGGGUUAGAAAAAUGAUACAACAAUAUACUCUCUUCUUCUUCUUUCUUUAAGUAUAUACCCUCCUGUCUCCUUUUAUCACCCUUUCGUACUCAUGUACGUUGUCAGUAACUGUGCUCACAUUGUGGGUGGCUCCUUCUAAAAUGUUCUACAUAGGAUUUAAUGGAGCUGAAACCAAUUUUAUUACUGUGAAAUUGCCUACUGAUGAUCAAUUACGACUUUUAGAUAUUUCGAGAAACAACAAUUUUCCUAGCCCUUUGAAUUACUAAAUGGGUUCUGAUUCAUUUUUAGGUGGAGAUGAAAAAGCUAGAAAGCGACACACUUCAAAAGGAAAAAUGCUUCCUAGAGAUAGAAUAUCCUGUUUGUUAGACCCAGGGUAAGAUUCAAGCAUAUGUUCUUCAGCUCAUUUACGUUUCUUGUAUCCAAGAGACCUUUAAGAUAUUGUUGACUUCUGCUCUUAAGCAAAGCUCUACAGUUGAACCAUGUGCAACCACAUCCCAUAAGCAACCACCUAUCCAAACACCAAAUUUUUGCCCGUCAAAGCCUACAGUUGGAAUCUUUCAUAAUCAACCACCUCUUGUAAUCAACUGCAACAACUCUUGGGCUUAAAUCUUUCACAAUUUUCCAUUGAUUGUUUUUAAUCUCUUGUAAGAUGGUGACCACUUGGUUCAUGGUCUGAUUACUAUUUUCACUGUACAUACGGUACAUAGUACACUAUAUAAAUCAUGCAAAGAACUUAAUCCUUUUGUGACUGAUGACAUAGAACUGCACAUAUCAUAACUAAGAAAUAACAUGCAUUAACUUCUCUUCUGAAAAGGAGAUGUCUCGAGACCUAUUCUCAGAAGAGACCCAAUGUGGUUUGAUAUUCAUAAGCGGCCACUAAAUCUUAGCAUUUUGGGUGGUCGCUAAGGUUCAACUGUAUCUUAAUUUAAUGCAUCAGUUUGAAAUAAUUAUUUAGGUCUCCAUUUCUUGAACUAUCUCAACUGGCUGGUCAUAAGUUAUAUGGCAAUGAAGAAGUUCCUGCUGGAGGUAUAAUAACUGGAAUUGGACGAGUCUCAGGGUAUGUAAGCUUAAGACUGGUUCAAGUGAUUAAAAGACAUUGGCUUCAUAAAUAAAACAACGGUUUUAAUACAAGAUAUGUUUUGAAACGAUAUGGCUCACAACGUCAUUCAUUAGUUAAAAGAGAUUAUUAGUAAGAAAUAAUAUAUAGCAACAAAACAUACACCCAUAAUACAAUAAAUAACAUUAAAAAUAUUGAACAGCAACAAGUAAAUAAAGAAUAUAUGCAUGUUAUAGGGUGAAAGUGUAAGUGUUAAAUUUACGUGUUUGACCUGUUGGUUAAAGUUGAAUUUUGUCAAGAAAUGUUCAUAACAUCUGCCAGGAAUGUGGUUGGGGCAGAACCUGAGUUUUUAAUUAAAAACUGGAUAACAGGUAUUCUCAAAAAUGCAAAUUGAGGCAAGUGUUUACAAAAUUAAUGGGUAUCCAAAAAAAUUACACUGUUUUUCAGACCAAAACAUGCCUUUUUAUCAGUUCCUUGACUCAAUUUGUGAAUUGUUUGAUGUUCUACAUGCAUACAUUUCAUUUAGACAGGACUGAUGAACGUUAACCUAAUUCCCCAUUUUUUUUUCUUAGAGUGGAAUGUAUGAUUGUAGCUAAUGAUGCCACCGUUAAGGGUGGCACAUAUUACCCAAUUACAGUUAAGAAGCAUGUGAGAGCCCAGGAGAUUGCAAGAGAAAAUAGAUUACCUUGUAUUUAUUUAGGUAAGAACCUGAUCAAGUGUUGUCACCCUUGUUAAGGACGUUCGUGCGAAAAUCUUCUAACAUUGAUUUUUUUUCUGAAACUUUCACCAGUUUGAGAUUAUGGGUUACUCAUGUCAAAAAUCUAAAAAAAUUGGGGGGUCACCAAAUUCGUUUCGGAGAUAUGAUGUUCGAAAGAUCACCCCAAAUCUGAGAAAUCGGGCUUCGUUACUACAUUUGGAUAAAGUGCCUGUUUGUGCAAAAAGUUUAUAAAUAAAUCCCUGAAUUGAAAUUUUAUCCGCCAAUUAUUGUUAUUGUAGAUCCAUAAACAAAAUUCGGUGAACUAAAAAACUUCCUCAGAGUUGAUUUUAUCAUUUAGCGGACACAUUUCUACUCUCCUAACAGCCACACAAAUGCCAAAAUGCCGUGUACACAGUAAAAUUGGAAAUUUUUUACCUUCCCACAUUGAUUUUUUGUUCAUUUUUUCACAAUCUAUCGGAAAGUGGAAGAGAAAAUGGUCUACCGAAAAAAAAUGGGGUGUCACCGACCAUUUAAGAAAGUAAAUUGCAAGCAAAGUUAACGCAACGACUACCAGCCUUAUAUGUGCUUAGACAGUUUUCUCUGUGCGCAUCAUUUUGUGUAUUUUACUGUCACAGAGGAAGCCAUGUUGCUAUGAGUAUUUUACUAUUUUAUUUGUGCUUCUCUUUGUCACUUUUGUUGCUGUUUCAAGGCCAUGUCACUUUUCGGAAUUCUACCUUAACAGGGCCUCUACAUUAUAUGGCAUUGCACUGUAUUACAUCCGCAACUACUCGGACCCCCACCAAGCUCUCACCUAGCCUGCAUAGCUGGCGGGAUUCUGGUGCCCGGGGUACUUUCUCAGCGACCACGCAAAGCGAAGCGAUCAGAGGAGCUGCAAGGGAAAGCACAUUGACUUUCUACCCACUCUUCUUGCGGCUCCGUCGCCAAAACAAUUACAGCACCCCCACGCUAAUCCCGCCAGCUACGCAGGCUACAUGUAGCUCUCACCCCUCAACUCUCACUCCUUUUGUAAACACUACCCUCACCCAUCGCUCACACCCCUAACUAGAAUGAACUUUCAGCCCUCACCCUCUUGAAACAAUAAGCUAGCUUAGAAUUAAAAUCGCAUGGGGUGUUCAACGGUUGGUGCUUGUUUCAAAGUCAAACAACAACAGUUCGCCGGAUUUAAGCUUCCAUAGUACUUGUGAUAGUUCUGUUGCUGCAAAAGUUAAAAAAGUUUCUGGUGUAACAACGCUGGCCUGGAGCUUUAGUAGCUCCAUGCCAUGGUCGGCGGCGAAGUAAAUGUAAGUUGCUCGUAAAGCCGAACGCACUCAGUUCAACCAAUUAGGCGAAACUGAUAGUUUGACAUAGUCAUUGUACAUUUAACUUUAAAUAAACACUUUAAUACAAAUACGUUUUCUUGUCUAUUAAGAUUUUUUGAAAACACAAAUGGCACAAUAUCAUUAAAAUUUCUAGCCAGUUUCGCUUCAAAGUAAAAGCUAUUCAACACGUAAGAAUGCUCGCCUGAUUUGAUUUGAUUUUUGUCAUUUUUUUAAAGUCUUUUGAUAUUAUCUCAAUGACCCUUCAAAGUGAUGAGUCAACGAUGAGCUCAAUAAUAGUAAUACAGUUUAUGUUCUUGGGCAUCAAUAUGUUUUGGGCCCUUCAUCUCAGAGGUCAUUUUAACCCUCGACUAGCGGCUCGAGCUGAAGUUUGCGUGAGUCUGAAUUGGACCCUAAACACUGAUAUGCCCGCGAACAAAGACUCUAUUGUUUUAUUAGCCCCCUGGCUAAUUAUUGGUCUCGUUUGUCGUUCUCGCGCAUAAACUCUCUUGCUAUUUUCAGAAAAUAUUGAAUGUAUGGAUUUCAUAUACUUUAUUUUCGCGAUUUUGGCCUGGCAGUAUUUCGCGAGGUUUUAUUUUCGCGAUUUCAAUAGGCAAAUAUGAAAAAAGGCAUUAAAUUUCGCGCUUCAAGUGUUCUCCACUUCACCCACCCCUUACCCCGCCUUACUCACAGCCCUUACGCCUCCCCCUUUACUCCUUACUUGCAGCCCUCACCCCCACUCCUCAGUCGCAGCUCUCACCGCUCACUCUCAACCCUCAUCCCUCGCCCCUUUACCCCUCAAGUAGAAAAGACCUGCUUGCCUGGAAAGAUCUAGAACGGAAAUGGAACGGUUGACGUUUUUUGUAUUGCCGAACAGCAACAGUUCCCUGGUUCUGUACUUCCAUAGUGUUUGUGAUAGAUCUUUCGUCUCAUUUCCUGGAUCUGCUGCCGCGUGAGACCCUCAGUUCGAGUGGGGCCAAUCACCAUACGGUUCCAUAUCCACCCAAAGCAGUAAUGUGGGCUACCGGGACCGUGUCGACUGAACACGUUUUUGAUGAAGAGAUGAAUUAAGUCGUCCAGUUUAUUGUUUUCCAGUGCCUCAACGAUCAUCUUUCUCGAUGCACCAAUCGAACUGAAUACCAGAUGGCUCUCACCCAUUUCAAGACAACACACGUCGCUCUUAAUGCACUUAUACAGGGCGAGUAAUAUAUUUUCCGCCAUAGCUGGUGUCGACGAAAUGCCCCACAACACAUCUCCGUGGUUUUCACGUACAUUAUCGAAUCCGUAAUCGCGUGCAAUUGUCGAUCCAGAAACAGGAAGAAGAUCUUCGAAACAUAAUCUAAACAGUCCAUGUAUUGAAUGGUCUGACCUGAUACAGUUUGGCUUGUGUUUGCUCCAGUGUUUCUUUUGGCAAUCUUUUGAACAGUACGCUGCAUGUUGACAGUUCGCACAUUGCUUGGUUGUCUCCAUCUCUUUAUCACAGUUAUAACAAGAUCGCGGCAUGUCAGAUUCCUUAGACGAGGUACUCAAGUGUAGCUAAGAAAAGCGUCUUUAAUACUUUGGAGAAAAAAACUAUUUUGGUUAACCUUUCCAGCAUUUUAAACUACCGACGUUUUCCCGGAAUAGACCGGAAAUUCGGAGAAAGUGUUUCAUGAUACAGAACAACAAAACAACUGACCCGUGACUACCUAAUUAGCAAGUAGUUGUAUAUUCCAUAUUAGGCAUUGAAUGACAAUAAUGAAGUCUCUCUGUUUUCCAAGAAAUCUUUAAUAUUUCCUUUAUACCACCUCAAAAAUAUGAAGGUGGAUUCAUUUGCAACAUACGAGGAUAGUGUGUCGCAUUUGCUCGCCGGAAAUUUUAUAAUUGUUUUUACUGGGCCUAAAAAAUUCCAGCGAGUAAAUGCGACAGCCAUACGCGUGUAUUGCAAAUGAAUCCACCUUUAUAUUUUGGAGGUUUUAUAAAGGAAAUUUCGGGGCUUUUCUUUGCUCGCUAGUUGCGUUUACGUGUAUUGAUGGUGUUUAUCUAAUCUUUAGUAUGUUCAUACGUCAAUGGUUUUCACUGUUCCUGCAUUCGACAUGUGCGCCGCAAAAAUUUUCGAGAGCGUUGGAAUAUUUUCUUCGUCCUUGAAAAAAGAAGCCUUUCAUAAACAACAAACCGAAAGUCAAGUCAAAGAUUGCCUUCAUGCUCUUGAAUUUAUCCUUUACAUUUUCAUAAGGAAUGUGUCACAGUUACGGCUGAACUAGCUCAGAUUUUUGGGCCAGGGGCUGGAACGUCAGGGGCACCCAACGAGAAUAUUGUUCAAAACGAUUAAACAUAGCACUGUUGAACGUAUUUUAGUAAUUGAACGGUAGUUAUAGGCAUAUUUUUAUCCCCUAAAAAGUUUUUAUCUGUUGGGAUUUCCUAUCUGAAAGUCUAGUUCGAAAAUUUCAGCCAGAAAAAAGGCUCCCGAAAAUUCUAGGUGACCUUUUAGGGGUAAAAAUCAGUUAAAAAUGGGCAAUUAUACCAUUUUUUAGCUGUUCGAAAAUCCGAGGAGAGGCAGGCAAGCAAAAAAUUUUGUAACAAAUGUUCCGAAAAUUCUAGAUCUCAAAUCGUCGUCCGAAAAGAUAUUUUCCAAAAACUGACGUUGGGUUCCCCUGGAACGUUUCCGUUGUCGGCUUUUUCUUUUUACCAGUUUCCAUUCAUUUACGAUAGUUGUAUGUGACCCAAGCGUUUCUUUUUUGGAAUCAGUUGACUCAGGCGGUGCAAAUCUUCCAAGACAAGCAGAAGUGUUUCCGGAUAAGCUGCAUUUUGGAAGAAUAUUUUAUAACCAAGCUAACAUGUCUUCCAGGGGAAUCACUCAGGUAAUGAUAUACUUAAAAGAACAAAUAUCUCACUACUUGCUAGACUUGCUACAAGUCGACCUCUCAUAAAUUCUGAGCGAGCGAAGCGAGCUUCAACGAGGCCGCGCAGCGACCAAGCGAAGGAAUAAACAACCAGGAAAAGAAAUUUUAAAGGACUUUUAGAAAGUCUCACAACUUUCUUUUUGGUCAUAACAAAGAACGCAUUGUAAACUUUUUGUCCUAUUUCUUUUUUACGCAAUAUUGAUGCUUACCACUCAUUACUUUCUAGCAUGCUAGCAAGUUCUCAUUUGGAGGAUAUUGCGCGAGCGCACGCAAAAUGAGACGUCAGAUCGAGGGGGCGUUCACUUUCGGCUCUCUUCGCUGGUCAAUGGUAAUGGAGAGCUUGGUUGCAGGCUAAUUACUUUCUCAUGACUUUUUUCAAUUGAUUUGCGUGAUCACUUCAUUGACGUAGACUGCUUGCAGUCCGCCAUUUCUCUAAGAUCCGUCGAGUUCUUAGACAGUGAGCGCGUACGAACAAAAAACGCUUUUAGUCAAAAAAUCUUACGCCCUCGUUUCUCGCGGCUCGCGCGUGCUAGCUCAGUGACUUUAAGAGAGAAAAUAAGAGACUGCUCGUAGUCUAUCACCGACCAUAAUCAAGCUAAAUAAUCAGUAUCAAGUAUGGCUGGAUUAUUGUUCUAAUAUCGGAUAUCGUUUUUCGACCUGCCUCUGUUGUUACUUAUUUACAGAUCGCAGUUGUCCUAGGUUCUUGUACUGCUGGUGGAGCUUAUGUACCAGCUAUGGCUGAUGAGAGCAUUAUUGUCAAGCAACAAGGGACUAUUUUCUUAGGAGGCCCACCUUUAGUAAGUAUUUACUUUUGA